AAACAAGGUUGGGUAUGCCAGUAGCAAUAUAAUCAGCAACAAUGGAGUUCUCAAAAGUAGACACUAUCAUCAUCUACAACUGAAUCCAUUUCCAACCAAAUCCUCACAUGGAGGAGAAGCGCCGCGACGCCCGAAAUUUACCGGCAAACAGCACCGAUUCUCCGUCAUCGGAGCCGCCUUCUUCUCGUCGUCGAGCUGGAGCUCAGAAGCGAAAGGCAAGCACUCUCGGUGGCUCUAUCUCCUCAUCCGCGCCCUCGAAACGCGUUACUCGCGAAAAAUCUGCGCUUACACAUCCUCCAAAUCAUAACGGCCCUUUCACCAGAGCUCGAUUUGGCCCUAACAAUGUUGCUGGAGCAGCAUCGGCUAAUGGGGGACUUGCCUCCGCCGCCGAAUCAGUUAAGACGGAAGGCUCUUUACUUCAUUCCGAAGUUCAGCGUGGAGACGCGUUGGUCGCCGCGGCGGAGGAAUUGAACAAGGCGACUAGAUUGGCGAAUAUGGAGGCGUCUUUCGAAGCUGAUUUCGAAGCCAUUAAAUCUCGGAGUGCGAAUGCUCAUGUCGUUCCGAAUCAUUGCGGUUGGUUUUCAUGGACAGAAGUCCAUCCAAUUGAGGAACGUUCGAUGCCUUCUUUUUUCAGUGGAAAGGAUGGCACUCGAAGUCCUGAUAUAUAUAUCAAGAUACGUAAUUGGAUUAUGAAAAAAUUCCAUGCAAAUCCCAGUACGCAGCUUGAAGCAAAAGAUCUAUCAGAGCUGGAAGUUGGAGAACAAGAUGCUAGAAAGGAGGUGAUGGAGUUUCUUGACCAUUGGGGUUUGAUUAAUUUUCACCCUUUACUAUCCGCAGAAUCAAUUUCAACAAGUGAUCUUGACGAUGAAAGUCAAAAGGACUCUUUGGUUGAGAAGUUGUUUCACUUUGAAACAUUAGAAUCCUGCCCAUCUAUUGUUCCGAAGAUCAAUGUUACCACUGCAGCUCCACCUAGAUUGCUUAGAGAAUCUGCAAUUUCUGAAGAGUUGACGAGGCCUGAGGGUCCAUCUGUUGAGUACCACUGUAACUCAUGCUCUGCUGAUUGCUCUCGGAAACGUUACCACUGCCAGAAGCAGGCAGAUUUUGAUUUAUGUUCGGAGUGCUUUAACAAUGGGAAAUUUGAUUCCGAUAUGUCUUCAUCAGAUUUUAUUCUCAUGGAGUCCGUUGGGGUUCCUGGUGCUAGUGGAGGUAAGUGGACAGAUCAGGAAACUCUCCUCCUCCUUGAGGCUUUAGAGCUUUAUAAGGAAAACUGGAAUGAGAUUGCUGAACAUGUGGCCACCAAAACAAAAGCCCAGUGUAUAUUGCACUUCAUUCAAAUGCCAAUUGAGGAUACCUUUCUUGAAUCUGAGGAUAAUGUUGAAGACGGUGCAAAAGAAACUGUUCCACCUUUAACUGAAAAUGAUUCAUCAGUUCCUACUGAUAUCACUGAAUCAUUGGAUAAUAAGGCUACUGAAAAAGAGGCUUCGAAUACAGAAACUGCAACCAAGGAAGAUACAGGUGAGGUAAAAGUUGGGCUGGAUAAUUCAAAAUCAGAGGAUGUUGAAGGAAAAGCUGCUUUAGAUAACUCCAAAUUAGAAGAUGGUGAUCAGAAGGUUUCUGAAGACAUUGCCUUGAAUGCUUUGAGGGAGGCAUUUGAAGCCAUUGGUUAUGUAUUAACACCUGAGCAUCCACUUUCAUUUGCUGAUGUAGGGAACCCUGUCAUGGCAUUGGCUGCAUUCCUUGCACGCUUAGUUGGAUCAGAUGUUGCCAGUGCAUCAGCCCGUUUUUCUUUGAAAAGCAUAUCUCAGAAAUCUCCCAGUUUAGAACUGGCUACAAGGCACUGCUUUAUUUUAGAAGAUCCACCAGAUGUUGAGAAGGCCAAAGCUAAUUCACAGAGUAUUGUCAAUGUGGAAACUCAGAAAAAUGACAAGGAACAGUGUGCGAAACAGAGACCAGACAAUUCUACUUCAGUCUUAGAUGACGGAGCCCUAUCAACUAAUGACAGUAAUAACAAAAAUGGAGAAUUGGUGACAAAGGAGACUAUGGAUAAUGAAAAUUCUUCAGAUGCUAUUAUAGAACACAAUCCAAUUACUAAUCAUGAUUCAGAUAGAACAAGUAAUUUGAAAGAAUCGAGAGAACCAGAAUUACCUGAGGUUGAAAGAACAGGCAUUGUGAAGGAAUGUGAAAAUGUAGAAUCAAAAUCGACAUCAAAUCCAGUUGAAAAGUUGGGAGAAGGAACUUCUGCUGAAAAAUCAUCACAACCCAAGUUGUCACCAAAGGAUGUUCAUAUGUCAGAUUUGCAACAUGCUGAAAAAACUGAGAUUCAGAAGCAAGUUCCAUCUCAUUCUGCCAAAACUAAAAAAGAAUUAGAUGACGAGCCAAAUCAUUUACCCUCUGCAAACGAGCCUCAACCAACAAUUUCUGCUAAUUCAGUGAAAGAAGCCUCAAAAGAUGUAGCCAUUAUACCUGAUUCUCACAAUGAGAAUGAACCUGCACAAACUGAAACGUCUAAAUCCGUGGUUGACCAGGGAGCAAGCAAGGUCGCUGAUUCUUUGCCCUCAGCAGAGAAUGCAACUCCACUACCAGUAAAACCAACUUCGGUUAUUGAAAGAGGAGCAGCAGAUGAUAAUCAAAGCAAGGACAACAAAGAAGAAAACUCCAAUUGUAUGAGUAAAAAAGAGGAUAAAAUCGACAAGUUGAAGCGUGCUGCGGUUACGACACUGUCAGCAGCAGCAGUGAAGGCAAAAAUCCUGGCUAAUCAGGAAGAGGACCAAAUCCGUCAUCUUGCCAUGAUAUUAAUCGAAAAACAGCUGCAUAAGUUGGAAAGCAAGUUAGCAUUCUUCAACGACAUGGAUAACGUGACGGUGAGAAUGAGGGAGCAACUAGACAGGUCAAAGCAGAGGCUUUUCCAGGAACGUGCACAGAUAAUCGCUGCUCGACUAGGCUUACCUGCUUCGUCAUCACGAGGUGGGGCACCAACAUUACCAACAAACAGGAUGCCCAUGAACUUUGCAAACACAGUCCCAAGGCCUCCAAUGGGCAUGGUGCCCAAAAGGCCUCCGACAUCGGGACUGCCGGGUAUGGCUGCUUCUAACCCUAACCCCCAAUACCCAACAACCAGUACAACAAUUUCUGGGAGUUCAUUUCGCCCUGCAAAUCAGGACACACUUUCUUCUGUUGGGUCAAAGUAAAUCAAUAUUAGCUUGCAGGUUGAGAUCGCGACCUUUUUAAUACAGUAGAGUUCACUUCAGUUUACUGUGUAACCAAUUUGAUUUGAAUGUUGUAUUAUAUUCAACCAGGAACAGUUUUAAAUUUGAAAGGAAAAAGAAUCUAAUUCAGCCUGCCAGACUCUAUAGUCCUUUUGUAUUCU